CUGAAGUUUAAAACACAAGAGACACGGAAAUUAUCCUACCUCAGGCUGUGAUCUUCAGCACAGUCAGCAGGGACUGGAAGGACCACUAAUUGCUCCAUGUGGAGUCAGGGACCAUGGCGCUGAUGGAGCUACGUCUCCUGGUACUGGCCUUGUGGGUUGGCAUCAGAGUAGCUCCAAGUUCGGGCGACCAGAUGAAUCCGGCCCGGGCACCUCUGAUCCCUCACCGGCCUUUUGUUGUUGUGUGGAAUGCUCCCACUGAGUCCUGCCGCCUUCGAUUCAAGGUGGACCUUGACCUCAGCGUUUUCGACAUUGUAGCAAACCUCAAUGAAACCCUAAGUGGACCAAAUGUUACCAUAUUUUACCACAGCCACUUGGGAUACUACCCAUACUACUCCAACUCUGGGAUCCCUAUCAACGGUGGACUGCCACAAAACCAGAGCAUUUCCAAACACUUGAGCAAGGCCCGGGCCGACAUUGACAAGCUAAUCCCCCACAAGGAUUUUCGAGGUCUGGGUGUCAUCGACUGGGAGAACUGGAGGCCUCAGUGGGUCCGAAACUGGGGAUCCAAGGACAUCUAUCGCAACAAGUCCAAGGAACAGAUCCGGAAACUUCACCCGAACUGGCCGGAGAGCAAGGUUGAGAAGGAAGCAAAGGAAAGUUUUGAGAAGGCUGGGCAGACCUUCAUGAACCUGACCUUGGCCCUGGCUGAAGGACGCAGGCCUGACGGGCUGUGGGGAUUUUACCUGUUCCCAGACUGCUACAACUAUGGAUAUAAGCAGCACCCGCAACGGUACACCGGUGAAUGUCCCAAUGUUGAGCAUGUACGCAAUGACCAUCUGAUGUGGCUUUGGAAGGAGAGCACCGCCCUCUACCCGUCCAUCUAUCUGGACUAUGAGCUCAAGUCCUCCCCCAACACCGUCAAGUUUGUCCACUAUCGAGUCAAGGAAGCCAUGAGAAUUGCAUCCAUCGCCCGUACAGACUUCACAUUGCCUGUGUUUGUCUACUCCAGACCUUUCUACGCCUAUACCUUUGUGGUUCUUUCAGAGAGUGAUCUGGUUCACACCAUCGGGGAGAGCGCUGCAUUAGGAGUGUCAGGCGUCGUCCUCUGGGGAUCAUCAGAGUACGCUCGAUCACAGAGGAACUGCCUGACAGUAAAGAAGUACAUCGACGGUCCACUGGGACAUUAUGUCAUCAACGUCACCUCUGCUGCCAAGCUGUGCAGCAAAGCGCUUUGCAAGAAGAAUGGCAGGUGCGUUCGCAAGAGCCUGGACUCAGGCGCUUACCUGCACCUGAACCCACGAUUCUUCCACAUCCACCGCAACCCGACACCCAGGGGCCCUCGCUUCCAUGUCAGUGGUCACCUCAACAACCAUGACAUCCUGGACAUGAAGCACAAGUUCACCUGCCAGUGCUACCAAGGCUGGACAGGUGUUUACUGUGAGAUGCCUCAGGCUCCACCCCAUCCUCCUCCUCCCCCACUUCAGCCUGUGAUCCCUGUGCCUGACCCCAGGGAGAACAGCCUGCUGGGAGAUAUCUUGCUCCUCCUAUCCCUCCAUUUCUCCUGUCUGUGUAUCAUCAUGUUCCUUGGACUCUGUCUGAUUAUUAAGUGUCUGAUACUUUAGACAUCAGGACUUAAUUUUAGGACCACAGCUAUAGAGAGGACAAAACAUAGGUCUAUAGACUAAGCAGCUACACCUUAGUGCUAGCCUGACCUCGAGUGUGAUCGGCUGCAGUUCCUCUCAUGUCCACUAGAUGAUGCUCCAAGAAAACUGUAUUGAAAUGAAUGGGAAAACCUCCAACUUCUCUUUGCUUUUAAGACUACAACAACAGCAGUACAUUCCUUCCACUAAAAACAAAGUAGGACACUGUUUAUCAAUUACAUAGUCUAGUCGUGCAAUCCAGGAGGUACAUUUGCAUGUAAGAGUCAUUUUUUUUAGUAUUAACAUAAAAUGCUGUCCUAAAGCAUACGUCCAGGGUUGCUGUAAAAACACAGCACAUUUUGGAUGCCACAGUGGUAGUUAAAACAUGAUAAAGUGCUCUCUAGGGUGCUAAUCCUUACCCUAAUUAAGCUGUUUUACCACAGAUGCAUCAAAAUGUUAUGGUGCCCUUUUAAUUUUUUGCCCUUGUCCCUCAAACUGCCUGAGUCUGCCACUGCAACUGACUCCUUAUUACACAAUGAAUCAGCUGUGAGCUGCUUCCACUCCAAGGGUGAGCCCAGACACCCUGUGAAGUAAACAUUGCAUUUCUCCACUGCUGAUCUGUACGCUCAGUAUACUCAAACACAUUUUUGACAAGAUAUGUCUAAAUACACAGCCUCUGUUUGUUGCAAGUGAAAACUGUAUGAAACAUAUGGGUCAACAGUGAAUUGUUUGUGUGGUGGAAAGUUUUGAUGGAUGUUUUUUUUUUUUUUUGUGAAACUGGGUCUCUUACUGGGAAUCCAGUAACUGUAAGCUACAACCUUUCCAGAGACUAAAAUUGGUGAGUACACUCAAAAGAUACAAUUUUGGUGACAUAAAAUUAUGCUAAUUAUGCUUUUGUGUUCUUACAGCAAGAUAACUUGAAUAAUUACCACUCAUUUGCCUUAGAGAGACAAACUUUCAGUUUAUUUUCCCCCACAGUAGCACAGAAUAAAUACUCUUCUAUAAAAAAAACUCUUAAAGCAAUCAAUAAAUCAACAAAGGCAGUUCUGUCAGUUUACAGUCACAGUCAUUUGUUUAGUUUGGGAUAAUGACUGUAAUGAGGCUGACAUCACAGCCAGCUCUUCAUUAUCCUGCUGAGUGAAUCUGCAGUUUUGUGGUGCUGGAGCCGUCAGUCAAAUGAGUUAUACAGCGAGGAGACAGGGCAAAUGACCAAACAGUUUAACAAUAGUCCCUGUUUGUCCCACGGGAAAGGGAGGGACAGCCGAGCAUCAAACACUGUUCUGGGUGAUGAGAGGAUGGAGGAGAAGCUUAUGUUAAAUGAAGAACUGCCAAAAUAGAGUAAACUGUGGAUUACAGAAAGUAUUGUUGAAGUCAGUUGAUUAUAGAUGAAGGUCUCUACCAACUCUUUAACAGAAGCUUUAGGAUUCAUCAGUAAUCAGCUGCUGCUGGAGGAUUGGAAAGCUGCACAAUAUUAAGGUUUUUAAGUGAGGGUUAACUGAUGAAGUUGUAGGCGAUUUUUUAUUUUAUUGUUUUGUAACCCACUCCUGGAUAAGUACACCAUACUCUAGGUCCGAGAGGAGCUUUGAGUUUUGAGUGUAAUAAUCAUUAACACAACGCAAGUGCUUUUAGUGAGGCUUUAGUUUGCUUAUGAAUGGCAAAACAGUGUAACCUACACCCCUUUCACAUUAUGAAAAAUUAAACCUAAAUUGUCCUUAGGUGGGAUUUUCCAGACAGUUUCAAAUAACUUUCCAAGUCAGUGUCCAAUAAAAAAUUUGGUCAAAGUCAGUUUUAACGAAGGUCUGAUUUGAUAAGUUUAAUAAGUCAGAAUGCACUCUUUAAGGGUUUGUGUGUUCGAUGUAGCUGGUACCAGUCAGAAUGACUGUCACAUACCACAAGGAAGACAGUUCAUCCAGCUGUUUCAGUGGCAAUGUAAAUCCAGGAAAUCAAGCUCAGUGGCUCGCCAGCUACUGGGAUCUUUUCACUGGAUCUUCUCACUCACACAAAAGACCUGACUGAGGCAUGUAAAUUGCAGCUAAUUAGGAUAAGGCCACUUUCAGCUGGCAACUGCUCAACCUCAAUAAUUUUUAUGAAGCUCAACAUUGUUAGACAGAGCAUCUACUUCAUGUUUAAUAUGGAGGCUUUCACAUGCUCUCUCUCUGUGUCACGUACACCUUGCUAAAUGCACCCCAAAACUUCCUGUUAAUCGUAGCGAGAGGCGGAACUUGGUGAAACAAAACUUGACUAGGUUAUUACAACCAUAGUAUGUAGCUAUUACUGAGUCCAUUAGGUCUGUGAUAGAUCAUCAAGUUUUGUAAUCCCUGACCUUCAUUUUGUUGGAUGAAUUCCUAUAAAUUCACAGCUUUGAAACAACAGUUCAACUUUUUUCGGAUAUUCACUUUUUGGAGUUGGAGUUAAGUAAAGAGCUGGAGUCAGGAUGUGGUUAGUCUAGCUUAACGUAAUAAAUGGAAAUUUGGAAAAAUCUAGCCUGGGUUUGUCCGAGGUUUAAAAAUACACCUAACAACACAGCUAAAGCUCACAAAUGAACACGCUGUGUCUUCUUUGUUUAAUCUGUACACAAACAGUGAUGUAAAAAAAAAGUUUUAGGAGGAGUUACGUGCUGGAACUGUUUCUUGGCAAACACCAGUGUAUCCAUCUGCCCAGUGUGUCUCUUGUGGCUGUACCCGACUCAAAAAUUUGACUUUUUUGUCAGUUCAGUGCCACACUAAACCCCGACAUAUAUUAGCCUACAAGAGCAUGUUAUAGUCUACCUCAUGUUUUAAUGCCUUUCUUCAUCAUCUGUGAUGUAAAAACUCAAAGCGCACCAUAGAGCGCCUCUCCUGCCGGGCUGCUGCUGACAGCCAAUCACAGUGGAUAGAACCCAGUAGAGGAGGUUAUGCUACAGUCUGGUUCAAAAGGGGACUUCAGUCACAGUUCAUCUAGAGAGCGUCGGAGCAGAUGCUGCCCCGCUGUCAAGUGUCAUGCUCCCAUUGUUAUCACUAUCACUAUCACUAUCACUCUUCUCUGCGUCCAUCACAGUUAGCUUUUAUGGUUUGUGAUCAUGUUGAGACUCGGUUUGUACAGCCUAACAAGCUGUUGCUCUGUAAGUUGACUCAGGGUCUUCCCGGCAGAUGAUUCGAAUCAUCAAAUUUUCAGGGCAGCCUUACCAGAUACAGUUAUUUUGCACAGGUUUUGUUUUCGGUCUCUGUAUUGGCACAGUGGUACCAAACCUGGCAACCUCAUGGUGACCAAAAGACUUCGGGAAGCUGCGCACAGUGAUAGCACCUGACUGUUGUUCAUGUGAAAUGUUAUGAUGUCUUGAUGUCCAUGAAGAAACACACCACUAUAUAAGCUGUGUCAGUGGAGACUCAGGAGUAUUUGAGGACUGGGACCGAACUGCUUGUUGAAAAGGCAGUUGCUCUUUUCUACUGUUGUAUGGAGACUGGACCACCCACAGUUGGCAUAGCACUAAGGAUACACUGAUCUGAUUUGCCUAAUUGUUAUCGCUUGCUUAUGGGAUUAUUGACCUGUACAUAAAAUCAUGGCAGCUUACCACAGGCAAAAUUACAAAGCUCUUGCUGUAAUUUUUGGCAUUUUGCUCUUUAAACACUGACUAUCUUUGUUCACCUUGGAAUAAAUUUUACUACUACUACUUUACUACUCCAACAAGCAAAGGGCUGCCUUUACUUUGCUGUUCUGUAAAUCACCUUCUGAUGAACCUGUUCCUUAAACAUGUUUUGGAUAUGAGUUGCCAGGCAAAACACAGUGACUCAGAAUAUUUUAUAACGUAUAAAAAAAUUGAGAGUUUGUCCAGCAAAAACACAAUUAAGCAGCUUUUAGUGGUUUUCAGCUCCUCAAAGACGGACAGAUGAACCAUGAAACACUUGGCCGCAAGUGGAAACUGUCAGAUCCACUUGGGAGGAACAUUCAUUCACUCCUGUCCUGGAUUUGUUGUUUUUGAAAUAAUGAAUUACAUCCACACCUCCCUCCUCCUCCCUUCAUCUUUGUCUGAAGCGAGAAAAUCCUAAUUUGCAAGAGGAAUGGAGAUUAGGUGGAGCUGAAAUGGGCACUAAAAAGCACAGCUGAGUGAAACAAUCAUUUAUAAAAAGUGAAAUCAUUUGAGAGCCAAACUCUGACUUCAGCACUCAGUGG